GACAGGCCACCCGACUUGACGCCAAGAAAGUGGUAAGUUGAGGGAAGCCUGUGCACGCUGUGGGUAAUCGGUACGCCGUUUAUAGUUGUAAGUAAGUGUGUUGAGGGCUUGAGGGACACCAGUGAUUCACCAGGUAGCGCGUCCUGCGUGAUAUGGAAAACCAUUUUAGCAGUACCCGCACCACAACAACGUCAAGAAUGAGCUCCGCUUCCUCCACAACCACCAACAACAACAACAACAGCACCAACAGCCAAAGCGCUGCCAGCAACAAUGUGAACGUAAACACAGGCACUGCCACGGCCACCGCCAAUGCCGCCGCCGCCCAACCGAUUCAAGUGAUUCCAAUGCCAAUGCUACCCACGGGAGCGGCGCAGAUAAUAAUCGGACAGCAGCCGCAGGGCCAGGCGGCGGGCGGUCUUCAGCCGCAGUUGAUCCCACUGCAGGCGAACCAAAUCAUGCUGCAGGCGCAGCAGCAGCCACAAAUGCAGCUGAUGCAACUGCCCGAUGGCCAGACCAUAUUCUAUCAGACUCCCACCAUAACUACACUCGAUCCGAACGCGGCAGCCGCGGUGGCAGCCCAGCCGACUCCCCACUACCUCAACAUCAAUGGCCAAUUAGUGCAAAUUACUCCAGCGGCGACUGGCAACCAAGGAGCAGCUGCGGGUGGGCAGCAGAUCAUCAUGCUGCCCCAAGCGGCAAUGGCCACAGUCAAUGCAGCAGCCGCGAACGCCGCCCAGGGCGGAACCAGCGUUGGCAGUGUCGUCACCACGCAGCAGCAACAGCAGCAGCCGCAACAACAGCAACAACAGCAACAACAACAGGCGAAUAAUAAUCAGGCGGCCACAUCGGCUGCGAACAAUGUGAGCGCCGAUGCCAGCACCAGCACCACGGGGACAAAUACGAACGAGAGCGAGGACGAGAGCUCCAAGGGCGAGGCGGACGAGGAGCCGCUCUACGUGAAUGCCAAGCAGUACAAACGGAUACUUAUAAGGCGGCAGGCAAGGGCGAAGCUAGAGUCGCGCAUACCCAAGGAGCGGUGUAAAUACUUGCACGAAUCUCGCCAUCGGCACGCCAUGAACCGGGCUCGCGGCGAGGGCGGACGCUUCCAUUCGGCGCAGGAAAAGGGCGAGUCCAGCUCGGACGGCGGCAGCCUGCCCAUGGCUCACAGCAGUGUGACCCUCAGUCGGGGAACGGCGCGGGCACCCCCCAAGCUGAUAGCGCCCCAUCAAACGCCGAGCAUUACGAUAACGGCCAUCAAGUCGGAAUGACCCUUUGAAGCUGUAGAUAUUCGUAGAACCCAGACUAGAUCAUAGCAUAUAGAAUUAAGCAAUCACUCUGUGUCCCCGUCCCCGCCCCCGCCCGUUCCCACCACAACCCGCUCAUCGCGUCAUAUCUUUUGGAUUGUACACAAGUCGAAAUAAAUUUGUAUUUAUUCUAUAA